CCGAUGUCUUCUCCGCUCUCAGAUCCGAGAAGAAUGUUCUCUAAUUCUGCCUUAGAGAUGCUCUCAUCUUCCGGUCUUCCAUAUGAUGACUAUACCAAGGGGUUCAUUUUGCAACAUCUGUUGGACCUAGUGCUUGAUUUUAUCCCGCAGCUACAACUCAAAAUUGUGCCGGUUACGGACUCAUACAACCUCCUCCAGGCAAAUGGAAAGAUCUGUUAUGGUGAUAGGAACAGAUACAACAUCCCCGUGAUCAUUUAUUUCUUGGAGUCUUACCCUCGCCGUCCUCCUAAUGUAUGGGUAAAUUGCCCAGACGAUACAAUCAUUCGCGAAUGUGACCAAUGUGUCGCUUCUUCUGGUGAAGUCACUCAUCCUUAUCUUCGGGAUUGGUGCCAGAGUUCCAACUUGGUAUACCUCGUCAUGCAACUCAGCGACGCAUUUUCUCGUAAAGAACCUUUCGCUGUCCCUAAUUUCGAUGGACGACUAUCUCUUGAGAAGACCAAGUUGGCAAAGAUUCUAAUCGAUAAUGGUCUGAAUGCUCUUUUAUGGGCCUUUAAUGGAGACCCAAACCCCCUUAUCGAUCAGAUUACUUGCCGAUACCCAAGACAUCCUGAUUUAGCAUCACACAUCAAGACUAAGGAUGGGGGUGUAGAAGCAUUCAUCAAGAUUGCAAAAGAUACCGCUAGAAAAAAAUUUGGGAUACAGCUUCCGGGGACGCAUGGGUGCCGUCAAGCGGAUCAGAUGAGUUCUCUGCAUUCAAUUCAUGAUCUUCCUCAACAAGAGAUUCCGCCAGCCGUGAACAUUCGUAUCUCCAACCUGCUCUCCAGGCAAGGCCUUCUCUACGAUGACUCCACUAAGGAGAGUAUCAGACAACAUCUCUUUGACCUACUACGAGAUUACCCUUGGCUAGAGGGGCAUGUUAACGACAAUCUCAUCAACGUAGAUGGAGUUAUCCCUUAUAGCGUUCAUGGAAAAAUCUACAGCGUCCCUGUCAUUAUCUGGCUCCACGAGUCUUACCCUGUUGGACGUCCUCGUGUCUGGGUGGAUAGUCCCAACAAUCAUGUCAUCAUGCAAAAUCUAGUAUAUGUCGCUCCUAGUGGUAUGGUAUGUCUUCCUUAUCUCCAGAAUUGGGAUCGAUUUAAAUCCAAUCUCGUAGGACUCAUCUCGCAUCUCAGCGCCGAAUUCACUUGUCAACCACCUUUCACGACCCGCCCACGAUAUGGUAUGUCUUCCUUAUCUCCAGAAUUUUGCAUUCUCUAUGUCUUUGUCUACGCCUAACAAGAAAUGAAAAUUUUAAUGGCUGUCUAUUCAGGGGUUUGAUGAUUAUUGUGUAAACAAGUUCUGAAGAUUCAUGUGGGUGACUCAUAUAUACUCUAAAAAGGUCCAACCAAACUCUUAAGGGUGGUGGGGAUUGCAAGUUCAUCCAGUUAACCGUUAUUGGCCUCUAAAUACAUUUAUGUCUUUUCC